GCUAGAACUACUAACCAGAGGAUGAAGAGACGACGAGCGGCUAAGAAAUCUCCGGCGAUGGUGACUUUUACCGAUUGUAAAGGUUUAGAUUCUUGCGAAGAGAUGAGAAUGGUGAGGAGGUUGAUGAAGUUUGAAGAGUUGCCUGAGUAUUUGAAAGAUAACGAGUUUAUACAUAACCAUUAUCGUUGUCAAUGGUCUCUUAAAGAUACUUUUCUUAGUGCUUUCUCUUGGCACAACGAGACUCUCAAUAUAUGGACGCAUUUAUUGGGGUUUGCGAUAUUUUUGUGGAUGACGGUGGUGAGUUGCUUGGAGACGACGGAGCUUAGUCUCGGCGGUGUUUUCAACGGGAUGGCCGGAGUAAGGAUUUGCCUCUCGAGCAAUCAGACUUUGCUUCACCAGGAUUCGAACGUGACACAACACACCUCAUGUCUUAACACUCAAGAAGAAGCUGUUCCGAAAUGGCCAUGGCUAGUCUACUUAACCGGAGCAAUGUGUUGCUUAACCUGCAGCUCUGUUUCACACCUCCUUGCGUGUCACUCAAAACGUUUCAACCUCUUCUUUUGGCGUUUAGACUACGCAGGAAUCUCACUUAUGAUCGUUGCUUCUUUCUUUGCACCAAUCUACUACGCUUUCUCCUGCCACCCUAACUUCCGUAUACUCUACUUGUUCUCGAUCUCAUUCCUCGGUGUCCUCGCCAUCAUCACUCUCCUCUCGCCAGCUCUCUCUUCGCCGAGGUUCAGAGCUUUCAGAGCAAAUCUUUUCCUAGCAAUGGGAUCAUCUGCUGUGAUACCAGCUACACAUGUGCUUUGUCUUUACUGGGAUCACCCUAACGUGUUCAUUGCCCUCGGUUGUGAGAUUGCCACGGGUUUGUCGUAUGCUUUGGGAGCAGCGUUUUAUGUUAGCCGUGUGCCUGAGAGAUGGAAGCCUGGUGCGUUUGAUAUGGCAGGACAUAGCCAUCAGAUAUUUCAUGUGUUUGUAGUCUUUGGUGCUCUUGCUCAUUGUGUGACCACUCUUCUCAUCAUUGAUUUUUUAAGGGCUACCCCUUCUUGUUAGUGAGCUUUAUGCGAUUUUACAUUCCUAUGUAUGCGGUCUAAUAGCUGGUUUGCAUUGAACUGUCCAUGGCUAUUUUCGUAUAUGUAACUGAGAGUCUGAUUACUUAAGCAGAAUGUAUGCAUUUAUUGAUUC